GUCGGUGAGAAGGAGAGCGGCGGGGCUCGACUGUCAAUCAAAGUAUGAAAAGUGAGGCGGAGAGAUGGAAGUGGGUAUUGAAAGUCACAAAUUUGAGGGACCACAUUUUGCAUUUGGUGAUGGAGUCCUUUCUCAACUCAUUUCUGUUUUAUAUCAUUGCCAUUCCAUGUUCAGCUGACAUCGAAGUUCUACAAAGAGAAGGCUGGCUACUCAUUUGAUGAGUCAUGCUUUAUUGAGAUGUAAUUCAUGUAUCACCUUGGAUUGUUCUUCAGAGCAGUACUAUGCAUCGGGGCAGAGCCAAGAGGAGGAGGAAAGGUGGAACACUGGAAGGUUGGAGAGCUUACCAGAAAGAAGAGGAGGAGACAAGGAAGCUGCUUUCUAUUCUGAGCCCCCUGGGCCAGCAUCGUGAUUCCACCUAUUUUCGUCAGCUGUUAUGUCCAGAUCCCUUCUGUGAAGUGUGUGAGAGAGCAACUGCUGAGGUCAAUUGGCUGCUGUUUGGGGAGUCCCUGGAAGAUGGUGCUCGCUCUUUGUCCUCUUUGACUUCCACAGUUCCUGUGACUGAGUCAUCGAUCACUCUGACCUCCACCCUCUCUGCAGACCCUCCGGCAGACCUAACACCAGUCCCUCAGCCUGAGCUCUCUUCACCCUUUACCAUUCUCUCACCUGACCUGAUGACCCCCUUAGUUGACUUUCUUUCACCCUUGCCACCGGGUAGCCCUCUGCCUCCAGAGUCUUUUUCUCCCUUGGAUUCCCCCCAGUUGCCAAUGGACUAUUUUAUCCCCCAACCGCUUGCCUUUCCCCCUCUACCACCAUAUCACACUCAAAGAGUGGAUCCUCUUCUCCAACCAGAGACUGCUUUGCCUCUGAACACCAUCUUUGCAUUUGAUCCCACCCACUCUCAGGAUAUCAACAUUGCACCAAAUUUGUCCUGUGCAAUGAACCCCACUGAUUCAUUUGCUUAUUAUCAGGCGCCACCAACCCUGUCUGCUUCAUCACCGUCAGACUGUGCUUUAACUGUGACUCAAUCUCCAUCAAUCUCAAUCUUACUGAAGCCUCUCCCAGAGAACUCAUCUCUAGAUAGUCCUGCUGGGUUGGCUGCUUAUGUCCCAUCAGUGACAGGCAUUGACCCUUCAGGCCUGCCUCUUUCAGAAUUCUCCUGGUGGCAGGCUCAUGCCCAGGAUUUUUCCCCUUCCACCUUGGGACAUCGUGAUUUCCAGCCAGGGCUGCUUGCUGUCCAUUCUCCAGAGGCCCUUUUAGGGGGAGACCCUACAACAAACCAUGUGGAAGCUGGUGACCUCUCUUUUUUUAGUCCUGAUGUCUUGACCUUUCUGGAGAGACAAGUCAAAAAGAGAGGAGAUUUCCUGAUGUGGAAGGAAAAAGAAAAGAAAAACAGACCUUUUCCAAAACAACUUAGGACAGACUACCAACUAAAUUCUUCAGGGAGAAUGUUAAAUUCAGUUGCUGAUAAGCAGGACUCAGCAGCUUCCCUAAACUUCUGGAGCACCAAAGGCAAACAGGAAGGGCUGAUUCACCAGCAGUCCCCAUACCCUAAUACCUUGGGAGGCCAUUUGAAGCAGAGAUAUAUCCAACUCUUCUGGGGUCCCCCUUCUUUGCACAGUGAGUCCCUGAUGCCUACUGUCCUGGUCUCAGGUGGCUGUCCUCCAACCUUUGUCUUCAACAGAAUAUCAAGUGCCCCAGCAGUCCAAAUUGAGGAUAGAGACUCCCCACUACUUGCCCAUUCCCUACCUCUGUCCUUGCCUAAGAGGCAGCCUCAAACUUUGCCUGAAACCCUGUCUGAAUCCCACCCCCUACAUCUCACUCAGGUCCAGUCCAAAGCCCACCUGCAAUCUGGGCUCCCAAAUCUAUCCCCUUCUUUCCCACCCCAGAUUAGGGGCUGUGGAGUGUCUUUCCACAGACUCCAGAAUGAGGCACAGAGUUUCAAGCCAACUGACAUUUUCCACCUAGAGUGGCAUGUGUUGCAGAAAAACCAGGAUAGUUUGUGGGGUGUACCCACUGUGGUCCAAAGAUCUCAGGAAGCCUUUUGUCCUCCAGCUCCCAACUCUCCUCAGUACCACCGGGCCUCCCAGGCUCAUGUUCCAGUCUCCAUUGUCCCUGGACAUUUUCCUCUCGAUAGUGAGAUCCAGAAGAAACUAGAGCACCACCUUCGAAAGAGGCUCAUCCAACAUCGUUGGGGCCUGUCCCGCAGGAUCCAUGAGUCUCUGUCUCUUUUGAAGCCUCCGGCUGAACUUUCAGAGACGUCUGAGUCAAAGAGUAAUUAUGGACUCUCAUGGCUCUCUGUGUUUAAGCGUGAGAGCAGCAAAGAUCUAAAGAGUGUUGAAUUGAGCCUCUCUGGAAGCUUCUAUGAGAAAAGCUCAGAAAUGCUUCAGCUAGAGGAGGACAGGGAGAUGGGUCAGGAAUAUGGAUUGGAGAAUGGCCCAAAAGACCAUGUGUCAAGGGACCCAGAAGUUUCCUCAGUUAAUGAUCUAGAGUCUGACUCUGAGAAUGACCCAAAAGGUCAUAUGGUGAGUCUUUUAGGGAAUAAUUCAAGGGCCUCAGUUGUGAGCUUAGAGCAGAAGAAAUUGGAAAAUACUCUGAAAGUACAUUUGAGCAAGAAGUUUGAACAAAUCAAUGAGGGUAGGAUCCCUGUGUCUGUGCACUCUUCGUGGCAUGCUAUCAAGCAGACAUUGCCUCGUCCUGCAAAAUCCCACACCCAAAUGAAACACAGAAAUCAGGCACAAUGGGUGGAGGGAGUCUACUGCCUGAAUACCUCUCAGGAGCUUUCCUUCAUUGAUUCCACCACACAACAGAUACUGGAAGCCCAUAUGAAAAAGUUUAGUUUGAGGAUGAUGUGGGGCCUUCCCCCCAAGGUCCUUGAAUCCAUAAAAACCUUUAAAUUGAGAGAGGCCUCAUCCUGCUCCUCUCUCCAUUCCAGCUUUCCCUCUCCAGUCGCCCUUGUUUCUGGGGUGGACUCCAAAACUAAGGUUUCUGAAACCUUUAGAAGGAGAGCUCAAACUUCUCAGGUUGAUGAGGUGCUACCGACAAUUUCAGUCCCCAUCCUGGAGCAUCCUCUCCCUGCCACCUCACUUGUGGGCAAGGAACGACAGGGUGCCAAGAGACAGUCACCCUCUGAUGUCGAUCAUAAGGUUGCCGAGGACUCCAAGACAACUGAGGAUGGCAGACUGACGCUUCCGCCCCUCACAUAUAGCACCGUAGACAGCAAGAGUCAGAGUGAGACUGUAACAGCCAAUAGACACAGCCCAGAGCUGCCUGCAAGUCAAGACAGGGCUGGACAUAAACCAAGGGAACAGCAAGUGAGUUCCAGUGAUAGAGAAGAAAUGCUUCAGGACAAAGGGAUGGUGGAGAAGAAUUUAAAACAGGUUUCCAUUUUAAAUGUGUCCAGGGAGAUAUUCAAAGCCGAGGAGCUCUAUGCUCAGCAAUCACAAACUAGUGAUGUCUCCCAAGAGAGAAAUAUGAAUACCAGUGACGUAGGAAUUACCUUGACCACUGAACAUACCCCAUCACCAAGAAUAUUGGUUCACCGAGACCCUGAACUAUCACACCUUAAAAAACAACUGUUUGGAGAAUUAAAGUUUAAAGUGGAGGCCCAGGGGCGGAGACUGGCUCAAGGCUAUCUCAUGGACACGUCCCCUGCCUCAGAGAGCUUGUCUUCCAAGGCCUCACUGCCUCAUGCUCAGAGCAUCUCUAGUGGGGACAAGGCUGAUUCCCAGGUGCUGCAUGUCCACUUGGAGGACAGAGGGAUUAGCGUGGAGCAGUGGCAGGAACCUUGGGUCCCUAAGCAUGUUUUAGGGAAGUGUCAGGAUAAGAAUUUUCCACCAGCUGCAAAGAGAGUGAACCCUCAGAGACUCGAAACAGGAGAGCUUGGUGGAGGGGAUGCAGCGUUGGGGACAUCGCAAGUCAGAAGGAAGAGUUAUCCUGCUCAGGCCAGGAAAUUACAGGAGACCCUUGGGAGCAGGUCCUCUCAGGGCCUGUCACAGAUGCAACAGUCUCCUCCUGAAAGUCCUUUCAGAAAAAUGAUGAAGCACUUUUUGCAAUGGCUUCAUCCUAGGACAAAAUGUAAAGAGCAUAGAAGUUCUCUGGAAAAAGGCAGCUCAAUGUCAGCCUCUGUGCAGACCAGAGGCCGGGUUAAAAGUAGAGCUGGGACGACUGAAGCUCAGAAUCUCAUGGUAGACAUUGGGAAGUUCCUGGAGGAGAAACUGGGGCAUAGGCAUGGAGGAGAUACCACCUGUUCCCAAAAGUCCCUUCCCUACCUGAUGAAGUUUGGGGAAACUCAGCACAGGGUGCGACAGAAGUCCCAGGCAGAGCCCACCCAGGGGCAUCCCUUCAACCACAGGGCUCCCUCCCAUAAAGUGACAAGUACUGACACCAGCAGCCAAACAACUACGUUUGCUGGUCCGAGACGUCCUACAUGUGCUCGGUGGAUCAGAGACAGGGGCAGAUGUCCCCAGAAAGUUGCGGGACUCAAGGACCAGCUAUUGUGUCAGAGCUAUCCCCCAUCCAUGCCCCACAGGGAUCCUGAGUCCCUUCCAAGCCCCACCUCCAUGUCUCAAGAAUGCCAGGUGCCUCAGGCCGCCUUCACCACUGCUGAAGGCAGCUUCAGAGAUUUGUCUCUCCUAUCCAGGCGGAAAAUGAAUCUCCAGCACUUCCAGGGAGGAAAAUCCCUCCUCCCCAAAUAAUUCAUUCCUUGUUGAGAAUAUUGA